AUGAACGGAAACAGAUAUAAAAUUUUCGAUUCUAAUCAACAGGGCGUUCAAGUUGCCACGAAUGUCACGGCUCAAAAACACAUCGUUUCGAGAGACAAGAGAGGUCAGGUACUUGGAAACCUGAGGGGGUUUAGAGGAUGCACGGUUUGGUUUACGGGAUUGUCGGGAGCGGGGAAAACAUCCAUAUCAUUCGAACUCGAAGCGUUUUUGGUCAGCAGGGGAAUUCCUGCUUACGGACUCGAUGGAGACAACAUUCGAACCGGACUCAAUAAAAAUUUGGGAUUUUCGAAAGAAGACAGACAGGAAAACAUAAGGAGAGUUGCGGAAGUUGCAAAAUUAUUCGCGGAUUCCGGCGUCGUGGCACUAUGCAGUUUCGUAUCGCCUUUUGCGGAGGAUAGAGAAAUGGCGAGGAGCAUACACGCGGAAAGCGAAUUGCCCUUUUUCGAAGUUUUCAUAGAUACACCCCUUCACGUGUGCGAACAACGAGACGUCAAAGGAUUGUAUAAAAAGGCGAGAAAAGGAGACAUCAAAGGUUUCACCGGCGUCGAUCAAGCUUACGAAAGGCCCUCGAGACCGGAUUUGAUUGUGGAAACUGUUAAUACGACACCGGCGGAAAGCACAUUACAAGUCGUGGAAUUACUCGUGAGACACGGAAUUAUACCGGAAACGACUAAAACGGGAGGAUUGCUUCGAGAACUUUUCGUUAAAGAAAACGUUUUGGGAAACGUUUUAUCCGAAGCUCGUACCUUACACAAAUUGAACAUAAACACCGUCGACCUUCAAUGGGUGCAAGUGUUGGCCGAGGGUUGGGCAUAUCCUUUGAAAGGUUUCAUGAGAGAAGAUCAAUAUUUGCAGACUCUUCAUUUCAAUUCGAUCGUCGUAGAUGGUAAAACAAUCAAUCAAUCGAUACCCAUCGUUUUACCCAUCAAAGAUGGCGACAAAGAUAAAAUAACGGGAGCAAAAGCGGUUUUACUCGUUCACGAGUCGAAACCCGUCGCCAUAUUGAGAAAUCCGGAAGUUUUCCCACACAGGAAAGAAGAAAGAUGUUCGAGACAGUUUGGAACGAAUCACAAGGGUCAUCCUUACAUAAAAAUGAUUUACGAAAGCGGUGAUUGGUUGAUCGGUGGGGAUUUAGAAGUUUUGGAACGGAUAAAAUGGAACGAUGGACUCGACGAGUAUCGAUUGACCCCCAAUCAAUUGAAAGCAAAAUUUAAAGACAUGAAAGCGGAUGCAGUUUUUGCUUUUCAAUUGAGGAAUCCUGUACACAACGGACACGCUUUACUCAUGCAGGACACAAGGAGAAGAUUAUUGGAGGGAAACAAAUUUAAAAAACCAGUUUUGCUUUUGCAUCCUCUGGGUGGUUGGACGAAAGAAGAUGACGUACCCUUACCCGUGAGAAUGAAACAACAUCAGGCCGUUCUCAGCGACGGAGUACUCGAUCCGGAAUCGACAGUUUUGGCCAUUUUCCCAUCCCCCAUGUACUACGCGGGACCCACCGAAGUUCAAUGGCACGCGAAAGCGAGAAUGAACGCGGGAGCGAAUUUUUACAUCGUAGGAAGAGAUCCCGCGGGAGUUCCGCAUCCGGACGCGAGUUUAAAACAAGAUUUGUACGAUGCCACGCACGGUGCGAGAGUUUUAAAAAUGGCUCCCGGUUUGGACGAUUUAGAAAUAAUACCCUUCCGAGUCGCGGCCUACGACAAAACGAAAAAACAAAUGGCUUUUUUCCAACCGGAAAGAAAAGAUGAUUUCGAAUUCAUAUCCGGAACGAAAAUGAGAACUCUCGCGAAAGCGGGUGAAAAUCCUCCAGAUGGUUUCAUGGCACCCAAAGCUUGGUCGGUUUUAGCUGAAUAUUACCAAUCGUUGAGAAAGUAA